UAUCUGAAAUAUAAUUUUUAAGAAGUAACAUUUUACUGCAGUUACUAAUAAACUGUGCGACUUUGUGUGUAACUUUUACGAGGAAUGGAAUUUCUGCCAUUUUCAAUCUUGAGUUUUCUCUGGUUUGAGGCAGAACGUCAAACUUUUGAAUGAAACGCUCGUUGAAAAGUAGUCUAGGUAAACAAAAGGGUUUAAUUUUUAGAAAAUGGAAGAUUUCGAUAUUUUUACAAAUGAAAUAGACUUCGCCAAACCCGUUCAUAAAAAUAUACUCAAUAACUAUGUCAACAAUGUACCAAAGACUCCGAGUGGACCUAAUUAUGAAAGUGGCAGGAAACUACUGGGUCAGGAAUGUCUGGCUGAUGGUUUGGAAAAUGAAUGUGCAUUUCACUUCAGUGAAUCCGCUUCCCCCACCUUGAGGACUCUAGCUGUGUACAGAGACGAACAGCUAAAGACUGCUGAUAAUAGAUUAAAUAAAAUAACAGAUUAUAUAAAGCCCGUUAAGAAUAUUGUUGACCAGAAUCCUAUUACCAAAGAGGAUAAUGCGGUACUCGAUCUCUUUAUUAACGACGUGGACAACGUCACGAAAAUACUUGAUAAAUAUAAUAUGGAGGAGGAAAUGCCAUUUUAUAAGCGAUACAUGAGAUUCAGUUCCGACAAUAAUGUCGAUAAUUUUAUGAAGAUUUUAAAGGAAUUACCCAAAGAGUGGACAAUAAUUCAGUUGACAGCACCAUACAAUGCCAAUGAAAAUCUGAAACCGUUCACAGACUACCGCACUGAGAUAAAGUCUCUGUACAUAACGUUGCUCGGUAACAAGUAUUUCGAUAGUCCACUGACGAUAGAGGUCCCAGCUAAUGUUACGAAAGAGGGUGAAAAACCACUGUUUGAAGAGCUGUACUCUCUGCUAGAGGAGAAUUAUAGGACGAUAGAUAAUGCUCAGUUCCUGAACAACAAACGUUUGGUCCAGAAUUAUUGGAGCAAACGCGAGGACAUUGACCUCAGGAUGAAGAGCAUUAUUAACGUGAUGUACAAAGAAUGGCUCGGCGGCUUCGCAAGUCUCUUGACUGGACGGCUGUUAGACGACCAGCUACGGGAUAGAGUUGUUAGUUUAGUUGAUACCGCCAUCAAUGAUUGGGGUUUCAUAAGGUUGACGGAAAAACAGAAAAUGCUACUAUACAACCUCAUUGAGAGCAGUGCGUCAUUGUCAUCGCAGCAAAUAAAAUCUUGUUUGCGGAAAAUAUUGACUGAACAUGGCAACAUUGAUGAUAUAAGAAGAACUUUGAAGACAGACUGUGUUAACUGUAGCGCUGAAUUUAGACUAGCGAGCGAAUUAUGUUUGAAAUGUUUGUCCCAUUGUUUCGAGGUCAUUCACCAUUUUACGCUCGUUGAUGGCAUCAAAGCGUUUUCACAAGUGGCAACACAGGUUAAAGAUGGCGACGAGUGGGCAAGUUUGAAGAAGGCAAAACGACAACCCGUGAUUCUGAUUGUUGAUGAGCUGUUGGACACGUUCCCAUGGGAAACCCUGCCCCCACUCAACCAACAUCCGGUCACGCGGAUGGAAAACAUACAUUUCCUGUACGCGCUGUACAAAAUGCAUGAAAAUAAAAUUAUAAACGGCUACUACACAGCCAGCUCGAGAGUCGGCAGAUACGUUAUUAAUCCAGAAAAGAAUCUCGAUCGUAUGGAGCACAGGAUGAGGUCGUUUGUGAACUAUUGGUGUAAGUCUUGGACCGGACACGCUGGCGAGACGCCCAGUGCGGACCAAUACCUUAAAUGUCUUACCGAAGCUGAUGUAUUCCUGUACUGCGGACACGGGGAUGGUCUCCAAUUGGCUAGCACCUCGUCUCACAUCGAGGGUGCUUCGUGUGGUGGUGUGUGUGUACUAUCAGGGUGUGGGUCGCUGAGGCUGGUGCGGGAGGGGGGCAGAGCACCCCCGACCGCCGCUCAUCACCACCUACACGUGGCCGGAUGUCCAAUGGUGAUCGGUAUGCUCUGGGAGGUGACUGACCUUGAAGUGGACAAGAUGGUGACAACAAUGCUGUCUUUGUUUGUACCAUCGGAGGCGCCGUGCGAUUGGAAAUGUAUAGGGAAGAGCAAGUGGAGCCAGGGGACUAUCGACAUCCCCUCCCCUCCGAGUCCGCCACAGUCCCGGUGUAGCGAUGUGCUGUUAGCGGCGAGCAAAUCACGUUUAGCUACAGGCUUCAUGAUGAUAUCUAGCAGUCUAGUCGUUAGAGGUAUACCAGUUGUUAUCAAUUAGAGAGUAGACGAGCCUAAUAAUAGUGUGACGUCAUUAAUAAUUGCCGACAAUCAAUACGUCCAAAGCUACCAAGCUUUGUAUAAAUCAAGGUAACGUAUUAAAUUUAGUAUUAGAUUUAUUUGUACAAAAUUUACUAUAAGAUAUGAUUAAUAUGAUUUUUAACGGAUCUGUAUGUUGUAGGUAUGUUUAACCUGGCUUAUAAAUUAAGGUUGUAAAUAAAAAUAACGACAUAUAAUCGUGUU